AGUAUAAAAAUUAGUAAAAAAAUUUUCAGAUUCCAAAGUGGCAAUUGUGUUGUUAUAAAGAGUGGAUUACAUGGCAUACAAUUGCCCUUAAAGAGCAACAGAUCAAAACUAGCAUAGGCUUCUGUGGAAUACAAUUCACUUUGUAGGAUAAUUACAGAAAGGUAAACAGUAGAAUCCAAAUACUUUGGUUUUCUUUCACUUCCAGUCUUUAAUCUGUCUUUAUGUGGAUUUGAUUUCCAGCUUGUCAAUACGACGGUGCGCUUGCUAUGCCCUGAUAUUCUCUGGAAUAAGAGAAAAUAGUUAAAUACAAUCAUACAGUUAAGCAUUUAUCAGCCCUUACUGAGCUGUCUAGUCUUGGCAAAAGCAUGUGAAUUAUUUCAGCCACAUAUAGGCCUCAGCUUAUGACUGGUUGCUUAUCAACUGAAGUUAUGACCAGCCCAGAAAAGAGGACUUAUAAUCCAGUUUCAAAGUUAUAACAGUUGUUCCUGUGAAAACUUGAUGAGGGUAGAGGGGGCUGAAUAUGGGAAAAGUUAGGGAAGAGGGGAAGGGCAACAUUCAGCCCCAUUGAUGUCUCUUUUGUUUUUGCUCAUGAAGCACAAUCAAGGACAGGUUGGCUGUUGUGAAAUAAGGCCGCCCUUCAUGGUCCUAACUUGGAUAUUGUUGGACAUCAGAGAGCCUCUUUUCCAUACUCAGUGUGUUUCCUGGAGAUUACAAUUCCUUAUCAGAAAAAUAUAGGGUGAUCAUAGAGGUUCCGUAUAACUAUUCCACCCUCCAAAUUUGGUCUCUUACAUUUCUAAUCCUGUUUCCUCACCAAUACUUUAAUUUUUUUUCCUCGUCAUUUAAAUUCACUCUUUUUGGGGAGGUGGGGAAAUAAUAUAAUUAGUAUUAACAUGAUUACUGUAGUGAUUAUGAAACGCCAUUAAUUCAUUUUAGUCUUUGUAUGAUGAUAAUGGAUAUUAUCAUACUAAAACUUCAGUGGAAUAUAAAAAUCCAAAAUUAAAAGUACAGUCAUCUUAUAAGGGGGAUGGGUGGCAUAACAAUUUAAGUAAAAAUGUAAAAAAAAAAUAAAAAGAAUGAUCAGUUGGAUCUGAAGACUGUAUACAAAAAUCACAACAAAAUCAAGGCAGCUCUAACUAUGAUGCAGUAGUAGAACAUCAAACGGAUAAAUGCUUCGCAGUCAAAAGAAUAUAAAUAAACUAGACCUUUAUUAAACCUGAAAGGAUGCCCUGAGGAAAAGGUUAAUGCCUCGAAGAGUCUUUUGAUAUUUUUUUUACAUACACGAAUAAAUUAAAAAAUAUAUCUUGGUAUGCUUGGGGGUUGUUUUUUGUUUUUUAUUUUAAUAAUACAAUAUUCUAUUCUGGCAAAGUCCUGCAAACGGGCAUGAAUACAUGCUUCCACUUCUUGCUCGUCCGCGACUCCCGGCUCUCCAUCGGGCCCUAGCCGAUCUCUUUAGUCGCAGAUCUACCACGAGAGGGAUUUCGAUCUGCGGGACCUCAGCUUCAGCGGGACUUUCGGCAAUCUCUCUCUGCCUUUAACGUGGCAAAGGUGCUUUCGGUUGUUCGCUUGUUUUCCUCGUCAACGUAAUCUUGCUCUCCCCGUGUCCAAAGCGAACAAAAAAUACGUAAAUAAAAUAUUCUGAUGUUGAAAAUUGUGUUGGCCGCCAGAGGCUCUCGAUUUCAGCUAGAAAAAGCAAGAGGAAGUCGCUCCCUCUUCCUCUCUGCUGAGGAACCUCCUGACUUGGCCAGAGAGCGAGCCGCGUCAGCGUCGCCUUGGAGGUCUGUUUCUCUUCGGCGGAGGCCGGGAGUACUUGAGCUUUUUCUUGGACCGACCGAAGUGAGGACCGAGGUCUUUCGCAAGCUGGGCUCGGUUAAACGCUUGAAGGUUCUCCGUGACUUAGGGACAACAGCCUUUGGGGAAAUGAAAAAGGGUUGAAGGGAACGGUCUCACAGAUCUGUGGUGGAGAAGGAAAUGCUUUUGGAAGAUAAUUAAACUGGAGAAUUAACGAGGAUCGUAAGAUUUUGGAGGAAUUGUAUCACUCUUCAUGGAAAUCCCAGCUGGCCGCACAUCAUGAUGGAUGGAGUACAGUAUUCCGGUUUGCCCAAAUCUAGUAGCUUCCAGGUAUAUAAAAUUAAAAUUCCCAGCACACCCAGCCAAUAUGGCCAUGUUGGUUAUGCAUUUAAUGGAUCAAUAGAGGAUAAAGUUAAGAAAGCAUGGCCUUGUAUGGUCAGGGGGUAUGACACAAGCCAAAAGAGCAUCUGUAGUCCAAAGACAAUCCCACUACUGUACAGGAAUCUAACAGCACAACAGUCACUGCAAAGAAAGCACUUCAACCCAUUUAAACAGGGAAAAAAUGAUGGCACUAAAUCCACCCUCACAUUUUGCCUAGAUUUGAAGCCAGUUUUAUUUUACAGUUGUUAGCUGAUGUUUGCAGUACAAGCCUUUUGAAAGACAUCUGGUACAAAACCCUCAUUGAUUCUUUAGUAUAGAAGGAGGGAGUUGGUAAACAAAAUCUGACUUUUUGUCGUAUAACAAUAACAACAAUAAGCAACUGUUUGGCUGCAAAACAUUUAAGGUGAGUAUUCAAAUGAUAAGAUAUGCUAAUUUAAUCCAGAGUGGAGAGUCUUGCUGAGUCACAAAGUAUAAAGUCUACCUUUAUUGGCUGAGCUGGUUGGGGUUGCACAAGGUUAUAAUUCAACAAAAGAGCCUUUUUACUUUUAUCUUUAAAUUGACCUUUUUUUUCAGAACUAUGUCAUUUCAGUUCCAUUCCCCUACGUAAUAUCUGGUUUAUUUAAAUCAAAGGUGUCUUGCCUGUAGUACUUUAUUUAAUGAGUUGGAUAGGGGAAACCUAUCUGUUAAAAUUAUUAUUUUUUAUUGUCAUUGAUCACUUUGUCUUUACCCAUUCCAUUUCCUACAAGAAUGGCUUGAUUAUGGUGGAUUUAAUGAAAUGUACUGUAUUUAAAGAUAGAAAGCUACAAACCACUCAGUUCGUCUCUUAGUUAAACUAUGAACUUGUCAGUUACCAUAUCUAACUCUGGGUAAUUGAGUCUGACCUGUUAGUAUUUGGCUGGGAGACUUCUGGGGAAUCUUAAAGCUAUAAGAAAGACUGGGGUAUGUGUGUGUGUGGGGGGUGUUGUUUAUUUGUUUGCUUUUUGCAGAAGGUGGCAAAGACAAAUCAUUUCCAAUGUACAGGUUGUCCUCAAGAAUUGAAUUUAGUUCAUGAGUUCAUUUUGUACUGUGUUUUGGAUUCAGCAGGAAGGUGUGGAGGAGGCAAUAAAGUUGACCUAUUUUACAGGUUUGCUUGAAAGAAUCACCUCUGGAAUGUUGCAUAUAGUCCUCCAAGUUCAAGAAGAUGCUUUCUAGGUACCAUUUAUGAUUUGCUUUUUUUCCCCAGGUUUGUGAUACGAUGUCAAAACUACUUAUUUUUGCUUCCAUUCCAGCCACUGAACAGAAAAUGGAAAACAUUUCCAAGGAGAAGAAUCCAGAACAGAUACAACUACACAGGAAAGUGGGAGGGAUACCCCAAAGGAAUAAUUCCCAGGAAGAAGAAGCUUCUAAAAACCAGAAGAGAAUGGGGAAACAAAAUGCCCAAAACUCUGGAUCCAGAAGAAUAAAGUCCAUUGUGCCGCAAGGAAACUCCAAGGAACAGCCAAUUCAGCAAAGAAAGCGAGUGUCCAAGAAACAGCAUCCCUGUCCUGAUUGUGGGAAAAUCUUCAACAGAACCUCUGCUCUCAGCGCCCACCAGAGAGUCCACACAGGCGAAAAGCCCUACAAGUGCACUGAAUGUGAGAAGAACUUCAGCAAGAGUUCACACCUCAUUGCUCACCAGAGAAUCCACACAGGAGAAAGACCCUACACUUGUUUGACUUGUGGAAAAAGUUUCAAUCACUCUUCCCAUGUGAUUAUCCACCAGAGAACUCAUACAGGGGAGAAACAUUACAAGUGUUUAGAAUGUGGGAAAAACUUCCGAUACAGUUCGGAUCUCAUCAGGCACCAGAUUGAACAUGCAGGCGAAAAACCCUUCCGGUGUUCAGACUGUGGGAAAUGUUUCAAUCGGACCUCCAACCUCCUUAUCCAUCAGCGGAUACACACAAAAGAGAAACCCUACAAGUGCCUUGAAUGUGGGAGAAACUUCAGUUACAGCUCAGUCCUUAUCAGGCACCAAAGAGUGCAUACCUCUGAGAAGCCUUUUAAAUGCCCUGACUGUGGGGAAGGUUUCCAUGUGAACACAAGCCUUCUUACACACCAGAGAAUACAUACAGGAGAGAAACACUAUUCAUGCUCAGAGUGUGGGAAAAGCUUCAGGUGGAUAUCACAUUUAAAUAGGCAUCAGAAGAUCCACACUGUAGAAAAGUCUAUAUGUGAUGGGAUGGCAACCAAGACUGAGAAGCAGACAUCCAUAAAAGAAGAACCAGAGCAUGUAGAAAUGCAGGUGAUGUUUAGAGGAGGAUCUAAAGAGACUGGCUCUCAAAGAUGUAAACAGGAAAGGGGGACUGAAAUUCACUACAAUCUACUGCCAGAGAGAAGAGAAAAAGCUACUUCUGAUAAAACGCAAGGCAAAGCUGGUCAGUGCAAGGAGGGGAAUUUAAAACGUCUUGACCAAAUAGUAAUCCAGCAACUGAUCCACAUUGGAGAAAGUAAAAUCGCCCCUAACAAACAGGAAAACAGCUUCUGCCAGAAUGUAGGCCUCAAUAGGUCUCAAAUUGUCCAUUUAGGAGAGAAGCCGUAUCUCUGCAUCAUUUGUGAGAAAACUUUCCGCAAUCACUCAGGACUCAUGGUUCAUCAGAGAAUCCACACAGGAGAGAAGCCGUAUAAAUGCCCUGAUUGUGACAAGAGCUUCAACCAGCGAUCCCAUCUCACCUCUCACCAUGGGACCCACACAGGUGAGAAGCCAUUUAAAUGCUUUGACUGUGGGAAAAGCUUCAGUUACAACUCUGGGCUCAUAAUACACCAGCGAAUUCACACCGGGGAGAAACCGUAUAAAUGUUCCAACUGUGAGAAAAGCUUCAGCCAAAAAUCUCAUCUCCUUUCGCAUCAGAGGACCCAUAUGGGAGAGAAAUCCUUCAAAUGCCCUGACUGUGGAAAGAGCUUCAGUUACAACUCUGGCCUCGUAAUACAUCAACGGAUUCACACUGGGGAGAAACCAUAUAAAUGUUCUGACUGUGGAAAGAGCUUCAAUCAGAGAUCACAUCUUAUUUCGCAUCAAGGCAUUCACACAGGGCAGAAACCAUAUACAUGCCAGGAUUGUGGAAAGAGUUUUAGCUUCAAUUCUGGGCUUGUUAUUCAUCAACGGCUUCAUACUGGAGAGAAACCGUAUAAGUGUCCCAACUGUGGGAAGAAUUUCAAUCAGAAAUCGCACCUUAUUUCUCACCAGAGAAUCCAUAUUGGGCAGAAAACUUAAUUUCUAAAGACAAUUCUGAAUAGGCUAUUAAUAUUAGCAUCAUCUUUGCUCUCUAAAUAGUAGCUUUUGAAGAACAAUGUGUGUCGUCAUCUCUGUGUCCAGAAGCAGUGGACUUAUUUUAGUAUUUUGAAGUUCCAGUUGUACUUAUAUGUCCAAUAUUUCAUGAUGUGUAGCAAAAAGAGAAGUGACAGCUAAGAGCUGUGGAUAGAACAAGAGGACUGAAAUUAGGAGUUAAUAAGGCUACAGUAACUAUAAAAAUGCCAGAGAGCUAAGACUUAAUGUACUUUAAUAUUCAUUUUUCAAUUUUAUGAGAAAAUAAUACUGUAGUUUGAAAUGUAAAAGAGGUAUAGUAACUAUAGGAAAAUGCUUAAAAAUUCUUAAUGUGUUGAUAAAGAUUCUUAGCCUGAAUGAAAUAUAUAGCCCUCUUUCCAAAGUCCCACCAAGGCAUAGAGAGAAAGAGGGAAGUUGAACCUCCAUCGCAGAAUACGUCCUUGACGCUUUGUUCCCUUUUGGCUUGACAGUUUGCUAUGCUUAGAUUUGUAAGGGAAAUCUUAUAUUUCUACAAACAAAAAAAGUUAUAUCACAUGGAAUGCUAGAAUAAAGAUGUGAUAUAGAGGUAGGGCCAUAGGGCAAUCCUUGUUCCUUUACAAAUCCUAGACCAGGGGUAGGCAACCUUAGCUCUUUUAUUAUUCAUGGACUUCAACUCUCAGAAUUCCUGAGCCAGCAUGGCUCACCUUGGAAACCUCUCCCUUUCCCCUUAGCAUGGCUGG